CACAUUACUACUAAGCAUACAAUUAUUAUUACAUUUGAAAAAAUUUAUUUAUGACGAAUUUCGUUAUAAAAAUCAGAUAGUUUUUUGUUUGAAGAAAAUCAUUUCAUUUUCAUUAACAAAUCCAUCACUAACUAAAAGAUCAGAAAAAAAACUUAUUGAAUAAAUCAUGGUUUCCGAUGAAAUUAAUAAUAAUCAUAUUGGUAAUGGAGAUUCAAUGAUGACCAAUGGCAAUGGUAAUGUUCAACAACAACAACGACAACGUGUUUGCAUUAUCGGUGCUGGUGCUGCUGGUCUUUGUGCUUUACGACAUUUGAAUAUGCGACCAGAUUGUUUUGAAUUGACUGCAUUCGAACAAGAUGAUAAUAUUGGUGGUACAUGGAAAUUUACUGAACAUGUUGGUAUGACACCGGAUGGUCUACCGGUUCAUAGUUCAAUGUAUAAAAAUCUUCAUACUAAUCUUCCAAUGGAAAUUAUGGGAUAUCCAGAUUUUCCCGCCAAAACAAAUCAUUCAUAUGUUCAUCAUAGUGUUGUUAUGAAUUAUCUUGUUCAAUAUGCUAAAACAUUUGAUCUUUAUCGUUUUAUACAUUUUAAUCAUCGUAUAAUGUAUAUUUGUCGUGAAAAUAAUGAAUGGUUAGUAACCGUAAAAGAUGUUCGAAAACGACAAGAAUUUCAACAAAUAUUCGAUAUCAUAUUAAUUUGUACUGGUCGUUAUUCGGUACCACAAUGGCCAAAAUAUGAUACGAUUAAAAAUUUUAAAGGAAAAAUGUUACACAGUCAUGAUUAUCGUCAACCAGAAGAUUAUAUUGGUGAACGUAUUGCUGUUAUUGGUGGUGGUCUUUCCGGUGUUGAUAUUUCACAGGAAUGUUCACGAAAAUGUAAAGAAGUUAUAUUUGUUAACAAUGGACAGAUGAGAUUUCAGAAUAUGUAUCCAAAUGUUCAACAAGUUGAUGUUAAAGUUGAAGAAUUUACUGAAAAUUCUAUGUUAGCACGUGAUAAAGAUGGAAAUCUUAUUGAAUAUCCUGUGGAUACGAUUAUAAUGGCAACUGGUUAUGUUUAUAAUCUAAAAUUUGUUGAUCCAAGUGUUGGAAUCAAAAUGAAUCCUGAUGGUACUAUUGAUGGUUUAUAUCGUCAUCUGAUUAAUAUUGAAAAUCCAUCCAUGGCUUUAUUUGCUGUUAGUAAUCGUGUUUUACCAUUACCAUUAUAUCAUCAACAGCUAUUAUAUUUAAUGAAAAUAUUGUUGGGUGAAUAUAAAUUGCCAUCGAAAAAAGUAAUGAUACUUGAUAGUGAAGAAGAUUAUCGUCAACGUUUAGCACGUGGUUUACGACCAAAAGAUCGUCAUACAUUAGAGGUGGAAAUGAUGGAAAAAUAUUUGGAUAAAUUGGCUGAAGAAUCGAAAACAAAACCAUUACGUAAAGUUAUUAUAAAAUUACAUCGUGAUCUUUAUUCAGUUCGUAAAAUGGAUAUAUCAAAUUAUAAACGUUUUGAUUAUCGUUUAAUUUCGGAUGAUGAAUAUGUUGCAAUUGAUAAACAUACAGAUAUGUUAGCAUAUACUGGUAGACAAGGAUUUCUUGAUUGGUAUUAUAAAAAUCAUCCAAUCGGUUUACAAAUGAAUGAAAUUGAAACAGAAAAAACAACAAAUGCUAAUCAUUCAACUGGUUUGGUUGAAAGUAAUGGACAUCCUUGAUUUUUUUU